AUGUCUACAACCACCACUAUCACUCGGACAAACGAGGUUUUGUCUCUGUCAACACUCUCAACUGGGAUUUCAGCACGUCUGGCUUCCAGGAAUAACCAACACACAAAAUCAACCUCUGGACUCGCACCUUCUCAUGUCCAAGCGAACCUCAUCAUUCUCCCCUCCAAAUACGCAGCCGACUUCCGGGAUCUCUGCGCACGAAAUCCAGUACCAUGUCCUUUGAUCGCUGAAUCAAGUGUCCCAGGAGACUUCUCAAUCCUUAAGUCUUACCUACCAAGCAUACCGGACUCCAAGAUCGCAUCUUCGCUUGAUCUCCGCACGGAUUGUCCCCGAUUCAAUGUCUACCGAGACUCGCAGCUCGUAAAAGAAGGCGUACCAGAUAUCAUUUCACAAUGGACAUCUGAUCAUGUAGCCUUUCUCAUCGGAUGCAGCUACAGUUUCGAGUCAGCACUGGCGCGAGCUGGUUUCCCAUCCAGACAUACCCUGUUGGACCGGAAUGUUCCCAUGUACCGGACGAACAUUCCUCUGAACCCAGCUGGCGCUUUCACGGGCGGUACUUACGUAGUAUCAAUGCGACCAUACAAGAAAAAAGAUAUCGAAGUCAUCCGUGCGAUUACCAGGCGCUACCUUCCCACUCACGGUGAAUGUGUUGCGUGGGGCUGGGAAGCAGUUGAGAAACUCGGGAUCAAGAAUAUUGAUCUGCCGCAGUGGGGUCAUGCGCCUUUGACCAUGGAUGGACGGCCGCUAAGCGAUAUGUAUGGGGAUGAGGACAAUGUACCACUGUUUUGGGGGUGUGGUGUCACUCCUCAGGAGGCGGUUAUGAGGGCUUCGUUAGAGGGAGUUGUGAUGGCACAUGCGCCGGGACACAUGCUAGUAUUGGACUGCUUGGAAGAAGAGGUCUUGAAGUGA